AUGGCAGACAUGGAAAAGAUGACAGACGCUCCAGUGGAGUUCCUCAGAGACGGCGCACGUUUCCUCCAAAAAUGCACAAAGCCCUCUCAGAAAGAGUACAUGCAAUUGAUCAGAGCAGUCGGCAUGGGUUUCAUCAUGAUGGGUGUUGUUGGCUACCUCAUCAAGUUGAUCCACAUUCCGAUCAGAUACUUGAUUGUCUAG